UAAACCGAAAACCGCCACAUUAAACUCGCCAAGCUAGCUAGUACUCCGAUGGCAUCCCAGAUAACGCACACUGGUCAGCCAGAUCAAGACGAGGAAGAGGAUAAUUCAGGCCAAUUUGAAGAUAUUGAAGAGUUGAAAACCCCCUAUCGAUUUGUCUUGGAGGAUAAAUGGGACGAGGUGAAGGAAUACUAUAAGCAGAAUCCGAGAAUGUUGCACCGCCAAAUGACGCUGCAGGGGGACAAUGUACUUCACCUUGCCGCUUCUUCUUGCAGCAAAUUACAAUGCAAAGAAGUCCUCGAAUUUUUAGUCGAUAUAUGCGUCAAUGACAGUGACAGCAAUUCAACCGACAAGUACAAGAGAUUGUCCACCCACGACUACAAUAGAUGGUCCUUGAGGGUUCAAAAUAAAGGCGGAAACAAUGCUCUUCACCAGGUGAGUGUGUCCGGUAGUGUGGAAGCGGCUAGGUUCUUGGUGAGGAGGUUCAACGAGCCUAUCGCAGAUCCAAGUAUUCCCAAUCUGAACUACCCUAGUAUUGAUGAUGAAAAGAAACAUAACCCUGCGCGGAAGCUGCUGUGGACUCGGAAUGGUUUAGGAGAAACUCCACUCUACAGAGCGGCUGCUCGCGGUCACAAUGGCUUGGUCAAGUUUUACAUGGAAAAAAAGCCGGACGAUUAUUGGCAGCACUUCCUGAGACAUGACAAAAUGACCGCUCUUCGUAUGGCUGUCAUUGGCCAACAUUUUGAGACUGCUCAUUGGUUGCACAAGAACUUCACUUUACUGGGAGAAAUGCCAGACGAGGAGGGAUUGACAGGCCUUAAAUUGUUAGCCCAUAUGCCAAAGGCCUUUGAGCCACAUUUUCAACAAAGCCAUUGGAAGAUGCUCAUUUAUCAUUGCCUUCCUAAUGGAGAAGAUGUGGAGAUGGAUGGAGAAGAUGUGGAGAUGGAUGACGUGGAGAGCGGCAUGAAGAGCAACCAUCCCCGUCAAUCCAUCUUUCGGAAGAAACUUGCAGUUGUCAUGAAGUCUUACUAUUCGUUACUGGACUCCCUUGAAGGAACAGGAGGCCUUGCUGGCACAAUCUACAGAAUAUGGAAAGACAAGAAAAAUAAAAAUGCACUAAAGAAACUCAUCAAAUCGCUCAUCCUAAGGGACGAUACUUGGCUGGUUACUAGUGAAGAAAACAGCAGGACCAUUUCUCUGGGGUCAUGGAAAGAUCCUGAGAAAGAUGGUGAUGGUGGAGGCAAAACAGGAAAGGCAAUUACAAAAGAAACCAAAUCGGCAUUGAAAGAGACGGCGAUGUUUGAAGUUAACAAAUCUACCCCAUUGUUUAUAGCAACUGUCAAAGGAAAUGUACCCAUUGUGCAGGAGAUACUUGAGAAGCAUCCUCAAGCAGUCGAGCACAUUAACCAUAAGGAACACAACAUUUUGCAUCUGGCCAUUAAGAACCGCCAGAAAGAGAUCCUUAAGCUUAUCGUAAGCAAACCAACUUUGAUGUCGAUGUUGAAUGAAAGGAUAGACCACCAAGGAAACACCCUAUUGCACCAGGCUGCAGAUAGGAGUUACUACUCUAUAUCAUUGACUCAGCAAUUAAUAGGCCCUGCCAUGCAAUUGCAAGAAGAGCUGCACUGGUUUGAGCGUGUAAAAGGGAUAAUACCGCCUCAUUACACCAUUCACCACAACCUUUACAAUCAGACAGCGGACGACUUGUUCAACUAUUGGCAUGACGAACUUUUGGAGGAAGCACAAAAAUGGGUAAAAGACACGGCUCAGUCAUGCUCAACCGUGGCGGUGCUAGUUGCCACUGUAGUCUUUGCAGCUGCCUACACCAUUCCCGGGGGGACUAAUGGCCAAAAUGGCCUUCCUCUUUUCCAGAAUGAUCCUCUCUUUUUGCUCUUCACCUGCAUGGACGUUGUGGCCAUCGCCAGCUCAUUAUCUUCUGUGGCAUUCUUUCUCUCGGUCCUCUCCUCCCCUCUCGAGUACCCACUUUUUGUUAGCAGCAUUCCUAACAAGAUCAUGGCAGGUUUCGUCUUGCUCUUCAUUUCCAUGGCAACAACCAUGCUCGCCUUUGCUGCCACCAUUUUGUUGUUGAUUCGCGUCGAGAAGAAAUGGACCAAGUCUCUACUUUACCCUAUUGCCUUUUUCCCUGUCCCUCUAUUCGGCUUGCUUCAAUUUCCUAUGUAUCAUUCCUUCAAAGUCGUGUUUCAUGAAAUUAAUGCCUGGUUUUUCAAACCCUUACUCGACUUGCUUGGCUUUCCCAAGAAGAGAUCAAUAUGGGGCAAGAGUAAGGCAGAUUGAAUCACACAUACAACACAAUGUGAUGCAGAUUCACAAUCUUGUAACAUAAGUAUUUAUUGUUAUUGUCGUUUGAAUAUUUCGGAUUUUUUUUAUUUUCUCCCCUAUUUUCACAGUGUUAUUGUGUCUUCAUUCACAAGUAAUGGCAAUAAGUGAAGAAUGUCACAAAUUGUAUGUUAAAGAUUGUGUCUUUUGUAUGCUUUUAUUGAUUUGUAAUCAUCAUUUGUGUUUAUAUGUCAUCCUUAAGUAAGUGGUGGAUUUUAUUCAAAAAAAAUAAAAGUAAUUGGUGAAUU